UAAAAAAUAAUGUGAUUCUGUGGUUUAAUUAUAUUGAAUGUGAGUGCUGACCUAUUAUUAUUAUCUAAAUUACACAAUGAGUCAAAAGCAGCUAAUCGAUUCGACUUAUGUUGUGAUUGGUGGAGGUAUAGCUGGUAUAAGUUGUGUCGAAUCUUUGAAAUUGUAUACAACAGAGUCAGUGCUUUUAAUUUCAGAAUCACCAAUUGUUAAAGUGGUCACUGAUGUAAAAUUUUAUACCAAAAUUGCUGCGGGAUUCAAAGUUGAGGACCGAAAUCUCCAAUGCAUUGAGAAUACAGAAUAUAUAAUAGAUAAAAUUAUAGCUAUUAACUCAAUAGAGCACAUAAUUUACACCGCAAAUCAUCGGGAAAUCAAGUAUAAGAAAUUGUGUUUGUGUACAGGUGCUACUCCAAAACUAUUGGAUGACAAAGAUUAUGUUAUUGGAUUGCGUGAUACACAUUCUGUGGAGUAUUUUCAAUCAAUUGUUGGUUCUGCUAAAAGAGUAUUGAUUGUUGGUAAUGGUGGUAUUGCAACAGAUUUGGUAUAUAAGUUAAAUGCUAUCGAAAUUAUUUGGGUUAUAAGGGAUGAACACAUUAGUUCACAUUUCCUGGAUGCAGGAGCAGCAGAAUUUUUUAGUAACUAUCUAAACACUCAGCAACCAAGCGACAGAGUAAUAAAAAGAUUUAGAUAUUCAGGAGAACCUACCUCUGGAGCUGCACUAGGUCCUGACUGGCACUGUGGUGCAAUGUUUGGAAACCUCGACGGUAAAAAUGUCAUAAUUGAGUAUAAGACUGAAAUCAAAAAUAUUUCUAAGAGUGACCUAGUAAGGAUAGAAUUAACUAACGGCAAAGUGUAUGAAUGUGAUUUUGUUGUAUCUGCUACUGGAGUAACACCAAAUAGUAACCUAGAAAUAAGAGGCGAUACAAGUAUUGACAUUGCUAGUGAUGGCGGUAUUAAGGUAGACUGGAAAAUGGAAACAAGUCUGUCAGAUAUUUUUGCAGCUGGUGAUGUAUGCACAGUAGAUUGGACUUCUGAACAUUGGUUUCAAAUGAGACUGUGGACUCAAGCAAGACAAAUGGGAAUGUAUGCUGCCAAGUGCAUGUAUUUCAAACACACAAAUGAAACAUUGUUGCAAGACUUUUGUUUUGAACUGUUUACACAUGUAACAUCAUUUUUUGGAUUCAAAGUUAUAUUAUUAGGAUUAUAUAAUGCUCAAGGAUUGGACAAGAAGGAUUGUGAGCUAUUAGUCCGUGUAACCAAUGGUCAAGAAUACAUUAAAUUAGUAUUGAAAAACGGAAGAGUUGUUGGUGCAAUGCUUAUUGGGGAUACUGAUCUUGAAGAAAUGUGCGAAAAUUUAAUACUUAACCAAAUUGAUGUGACUAAUUUAAUGGAUGAUUUGUUAGAUCCUAAUAUUGAUAUAGAAGACUAUUUUGAUUGAAUUCAAAUUAUUUAUUUGUUGAAAAAAUAUACAUGUAUUUAUAAA